GGACAACUGUCGCCCAGCACCACCAAUCCCAAGCAGGCACUCGGGAACCAGGGGGCCUGACAUGUCAAUCUUACCCCAGUACGAUCAAAUAUUGCAAUCGUCGGGAAUUCAUCUAUGUGGCACGAGGACUUUGACAGUUUCGAAAGGCUGGCAUUGGCAUAUCGGGCACUCCUCCCCCGCCCGCAGCAGCAUCAGGAUUUCCCGAAAGUCAUCUAAUAUUCUCUACCGAAAACACCCACGUCCUUCUCAUCGUCGUCUCACUCUCCCAGACGUCCUCAAUUAAGGACGGCAUGGUUCAUGCAAGAUCACCGAACCGAGCCUCCGAGGACAUUUCCCCAGGUCUAGACUCCAAGUUCAUUUCAGUCCCCGGCAAUAAUGGCACUCACGAUGUUCCUGGUCAUUUCGGCAAAGAAGCCGUUCAAUCGACUGAUAUUACAGACCCGCCGGUCUGGUUGAAGAAUCUAAUCCUGGCA